AUGGCUGCUCUCACCUCUCCGAUCCGGAUCGGCAACCUCGAUCUCAAACACCGCGUCAUCUUAGCGCCAUUGACACGCUGUCGCGCCAACGACGAUCAUGUACCUCUUGACAUGGUUCGCGAAUAUUAUGCUCAACGUGCUUCGGUUCCUGGCACCCUCCUAGUCAGCGAGGGGACAUUCAUUUCUGCACGCGCAGGUGGAAUGGAAGGUGUACCUGGAAUUUGGAGCGAGGCACAAAUCAAGCAAUGGAAGACUAUUACCGAUGCGGUGCACAGUAAGGGCAGUUACAUUUUCUGUCAACUGUGGGCGCUAGGACGCGCUGGAUCUUCGGAUAUCCUCGCUAAAACCGGCAAUGAUGUUAUUUCAAGUGGAAAUAUCCCCAUGUCGGACGAAGGCUCCGUACCUCGGCCACUUAGCGAAGAGGAAAUUCAAGCGUGGAUUCAGGAUUAUGUGCGCGCCGCGAAGAACGCCAUAUCUGCCGGAUUCGAUGGCGUGGAGAUCCACGGCGCGAACGGUUAUCUCCCAGACCAGUUCACUCAGGACACAGCCAACAACCGCACCGACCGAUAUGGUGGUAGCGUCGAGAACCGAUCCCGUUUUGGUCUGGAAGUUGCUAAAGCCGUGUCUGCUGGUAUUGGCGCCCAAAGAACUGGAUACCGUGUCAGCCCGUGGAGCACUUUCCAAGGCAUGCGUAUGAAGAACUUCUCGCAACAAUUCAGCCACCUUAUCAGUGGUCUUAGCCAGCUCCAGCUGGCUUAUCUCCACGCCGUACAGCCCAGAAUCUCAGGCGGUCGCGAUAUCGAAGAUUCCAUCGAGGCAGACGAUUCAUUCUUGUUCGAGGCAUUUGGAACUACAGGAACUAUCAUCCUGGCAGGCGGCUUUACGGCGGAAUCGGCUGAGAAGAGAAUCAAAAAACAGCCCAACCAUUCGGUGGCUAUCGCUUUUGGACGCCACUUUCUGGCCAAUCCUGAUCUGCCCUUCCGGUUCUCCAAGGUCCUUGCUUUGAACAAGUACGAAAGAGCAACCUUUUACAUCCGGAACUCGGCCACGGGAUACGUGGACUACCCCUUCAGCCAAGAGUUUUUAGCCCAUGCGUAG